AUGUCCGAGUACGGAUCGCUCAAGGCGGGAUACGCUGAUCUCCAGGGAAACGCACGCCUUCCGUUCUACCACAUUGCUAACCCUGACGUCCGAGCCUACCUGGCUGAGUUUGUCGGCACCUUCAUCCUGGUGCUUAUUGGUGAUGGUUCCGUAGCUCAAUACGUCCUCGGUGGCGGCGACGCCGGACACUACCUUUCCGUGAAUCUGGCCUGGGGUAUUGCAUUGCUAUUCGGCAUUCACUUCUCCGGCGGCGUCAGCGGGGGUCACCUCAAUCCCGCGGUGUCGCUCGCCUUGGCAGCCUUCGGCCGAUUCGAGUGGUACAAGCUCCCCGGCUACUUUGUUGCUCAGACGCUGGGAGCGUUCGCAGCAGCUUGGGUCGUAUUCAUCGUGUACUACCCGUGGUUCGACCUCCAGGAUCCCGAGCGCGCGACUACCCAGGGCAUAUUUGCCACCUACCCGAACGAGCAGAUCCCCAACUGGUGUGGCCUCGCAAACGAGAUCGUUGGCACGGCUCUGCUUGUUAGCGGCAUCUUCGCUGUCGGUGACCAGCUCAACAAGCCUGCCAGCCCCUACACGUUCCCGGCUGCAGUGGCGUUGAUGCUGACCUGCGUGGGGAUGGCAUUCGGCCUUGACACCGGGUAUGCUCUCAACCCCGCCCGUGACUUCGGCCCUCGUCUCUUUACGUUUUUUGCUGGCUGGGGCUGGAAGGUGUUCACUGGCCGUAGCUUUUACUUCUGGAUCCCGGUCGUCGGCCCUUUUGUUGGUGGUCUACUCGGCGCUGGUCUGUACGUCGGACUAAUUGAGAACUUCCAUCCCCGCGAGUAA